AUGAAAUUGAUAUCAUUAGUAUUAUUAAUAUUGAACUCUGCAGAAUAUGGUUUAUAUUUUUCGAAAAAUGAAGAUGUCCUUUAUAACUCUAAAACCUUAAAAGAAGGGGGCUUUUUAGAAUAUUCAAAUAAUAUAGUAGAAAAGUUAAAUCAAAUGGUUUUGAAUGCCAACCAAGGAGACCUUGAAAAUAAAGGGGGAAAUGGUAAUGUUGUAAAUGAAAGGGCUAAUAAUAAUUUGGAAGAAAGUAUAAUUAAUAGUAUUAUCGGGUUUAUUGGUCAUUUGGGUUGA